UUACCUUGGCGGUAGCUCCUCUUUGUUGCCAUCUCCCACAAACUCGUUUGCCGUGUAGUUUUAUAGUCCAUUCGAGGGCAUUUAAAUGGCCCUCCUUAAUUUCCUAUAAUCUUUUUGUGUAGUGUGUGCAAAUCUGUCGCCGUGUAGGUCUUCGUAUCCAAAGAAAAUGAAGGUGACAACUCGGUUUGAGCCCAUGGCCGCCUCGUCGCCGGCGCGGCUGCCGCGGAGCGUGAGCGGCAAGGAGCCCUCCUCGUCGCCGUUCAGAUCCAGCACCUCGCGCCACCAGACGGCGCCGCGCGCUUCGGCCUCCACCCCCACCACGCCGGCGGCUCACCACCACCGCAGGUCGCUCUCCAUCAGCUGCAUGGCGGUCCGAACCGACGACGACUCGCACUCGCCGCCGGGCACCCCCAAGGCCAAGGUCAAGCAGCCGUCGUCGGCGUCGCUGUCGUACUACUCGUCGAUGCUGUCGCCGAGGAAGCUCAUGCAGCGCGCGUCCCGCGCGUUCCGCCGCGGCGGCAGGUCGUCUCGGAGGAGGAAGAGCAAGGACGGCGCCGGCGGCGACAACUCGGUCACCGGCAAGGCCUCUGACUCGGCGAGCGUGCGAAGCUUGGAUGCGAUCACCGACGACGAGGAGGUCCACGCCGGCGGCGCCAUGGAAGAUCUGCAGCAGCACGACGAAGAGGUCGUACUGGAGAAGAUCAUACACGAGGCGAGCCCGCCGGCGGUGAUCCACCACCAGCCGGCCGUCGCGGUGGAGGAAGAGGAACCCAACAUGAAGGCCGCACCGGAGAAGGAGAUCACGACCGCCGCCACCAUAGAAGAGAAGGAGAUCACGACCGCCGCCACCAUAGAAGAGGAGGAGAACGACGACGAGCCCAAGAAAGGCGGCUGCGGCGGCGAUGCUACUCCGGUGUCCCCCGACUCGGCCUCCGCGACGGACAAGUUCGUCACGGUGGUAAAGGAGGCGACCAAGAAGCGGGACGAGGACGAGUCGACGCCGGCGGCGGCGACCACCACCAAGACCACGACGGACGAGCUGGUGCAGAGGUUCAAGGGGAGCCGGGUGAAGACGGCGAUGGAGAAGCGGUCGGAGCAGGAGCAGCCGCCGCGCCGCCGGGAGGUGGCGCGGAGCAACGACGUGAUCGAGGAGGCGCGGAGCAAGCUGCUGGAGAAGCGGCAGUGCAGCAGGGUGAAGGCGCUCGUCGGCGCCUUCGAGACCGUCAUGGACGCCGGCGCCGGCGCCGGCGCCAGGAAGCCGCAGCACUACCGCCCUCGCCGUUAAUUAAGGACGACGAGGCCUUAAUCAAACGAGAUUAAUCCUUAAUUAAUCCUUGCUUCGUACUUAAUUAAUUUGGCUUUGGAUAUGAUUUUGUUUACUACUCCGACUUUUCGUCGCACACUACUGCUGCAUCAUGGAGUAUAUAUAUGAUUAUUCUGUGAUGAUUAAUUAAGGAGGGAGAUGAUAGAGGAGAGAUGAUGUACUAAUUUUGUCAAAAACAAAUUAUACACAAUGCUGCAUCAUCAAUUCCUCGUA